AUGCAGCCACGUGAAGACCCUUGCCUCAUCAAGAUAGAGAAGUUCUUCAAAAGGGAAGCAGAACUGUGUGGACCCUACGCGCUGCCCGAACAGAUGACACCGCCUAUUACAGCCGCACCACAAAGGAAGACUCAAAGGAUCAACAACGUGACUGAGAAGACAUACAUACCAAGAUGCGUCAUGAACUGCCCACUUAACAACGGUCUCAAAAAAGCUAAGCGAGUGAGAAGCGCUUUCACAACGGAUCAAAUACACGGUUUAGAAAAAGAAUUCAAAAAGUUUCCAUACAUUGGUGUUGUUAAUCGUAAAGAAAUAGCAAAGUCUUUAAACAUAUCAGAAAGAGCUGUUAAAAUAUGGUUUCAAAAUCGCAGAAUGAAAGAAAAGAGAGAUGCUUUCCAAAAGGAAUUUCGUAAUUACGACCAAAUUCAAAUUAAUGCGAAAAAAUUUGUUAACGAUCAAUUAAAUAAUGUGAAUACAAUGAAAUCAAAUGACGAACGAAAUUUGAAUUCCACAUUAUUACAAUCACAUUCAAAAACAAGUUUUAACAAAUUGGGCGUCUUGGAUUUAAUUGAAAAUCAUGAGAGAAAUGAAAACGAAAACAAAAGUAAAGAUGAUGUAGUACCAUCACAUUACUUUCAAAACAAUACAGUUACAAGUAGCACCAACGAAAGUAACACUACCGGAGAGUUCUCAAUACAGUUAUUAAAGAAAUAUAAAAAUAAUUUAAGACCGUGCGCUACUAAACAAAAAUCUAGACAAAUUAUUUCCGCACAAACAAAAAAUAAUGUCACUCCUCAAAUAAAAAAUAAUCAAAUGCCCCGAAGAAAUGAUGUCAUUCCACAAGGGAGAAAUAAUGUUGUGCCUCUAGUAAGAAAUAAUGUGGUUUCGCAAGUAAAAAAUGAUGUUCCCCGAGUAGGAUAUAAUUUUCCUCAAUUAAGAAAUAGUGUAGUUCAACAAGUAAGAAAUAAUAUCAUACCCCGUUUAAGGAAAACAGUUCAUCCACAAGUCAAGAAUAUUUCGACAGAAAACUGUAAAACACAUGGAAAAAAUAAAAAAUGUCAAGAAGCGUGCCGAAGUUCACACGCUAUGUCAUCAGGUCAAGAACAAAAGUUUGCAAAAUUUCCUUCGGGAUACGUUCAGUUAUACCCUCAAAAUUGUUAUCCACCAUCUUGUAUGUCAGCGGGAAUACUAUGGAAACCUAUUGAUCCAGCAGAUUUGUCAGCUGCAAUGCCUAUGAAUGACUUUUCUAUGAUACCCAAUGCACAAAAUUUGUCAAUUCCAGUUUCGCAACCUAUGAAUAUGCAGAGAAAUAAAUGUUUAUGUAAUUGCUAUAAUAUGAACCAUCCAUCGAAUACUGCCACCUUUCCACGUGAAAGAACGUCUAAGCUGCAAUAUGUUAUAGCAAUACCUUUUCACGAAACACCUGCUCAUUUUAGUGCUCAGAAUUAG